AUGUAUUGGAUGUGAUAAAGAUAAAAAUUAAAUAGAAUUUUCAAAAGUUAGAUUAAAAGAUAUUAUUUAAAAUUGGGAAAAUAAUGUAAUAAUAAGAAAAUCAUUAAAUUUAAAAUUUAAUCGAGAUAAUAUAUUAAAAUUAAAUAAUAAUCUUUAAGUUGGUUAAAUUAAGAUUGAUUAAUAAUAAUUGAUCCCAAGAAUUAUUAAAAUUAUGUAUCCAAAAAUGAAUAUGUAAGAAUAUAAAGAAUUCAAAAUGAAUCUUGUUUUUCUUAAUUAAAUGAUAUCUUUAUGUAAUGAAUGUUUUACUAAUAUAUUCAAUAAACAAGAAUUAUAAUCAUAAAAGUAUUCAAUCUUUAGAUAAAAUAUAAAAAGAAUUCAUAUGAAAACAUAAAUUGAUGAUGCCUCAGAUUUAAUAUAUAAUAUAUAACCAAUUCAAACAACAACCAAUAAAAUUGAUUUACUAUUCAAUUUUAAUUAAAAUAAAACUAUUCUUAAUUACACUAGUAAAAGAAUUAAUGGAGAAUAACUAUAAAUACCUUAAAUUAAACAUUUAUCAAAAACUAUUUUUAAAGAUUAUCAUCAUAACAAUUCUAAUUUUAAAACCAAUUAAUCAUCAAAAUAAGAAUAAUAAAAUUCACACUUUAAAGAUUUUGAAUGA